GUGCGUGCAUGGUCGUCAAUGCGCGUGCACGCGUAUUGCAUUUGUGUGUGCAUGCUCGCGCAGGAAAAGGACAGGGCAUGAGCGCACAUUGAGAGAGCGGCUCUUUUACUCGGCGUGAUCAUUUCACGCUUCCCCCCGAAGCCUUUUUUCCACCUAAAGCGUUUAGUUGCAGCUGACUGAGCACUUGCACGGAGUGCAAUAGGGAGCGGAAGGGUCGAAUUAUUUCAACCUACAAACUCGCCCCAAAAGUACUGUAGGACGAAAGAAAAGAGAGAGAGAGAGAGGGAGAGGGAGAGAGAGAAGGGAGAAAACAGUGCCAGGGAGUGAGGGAGGAGAGAAAGGGGAAGAGAGGGAGACACUGGAAAAAGUUUUGUUGUUUUCCUUUUUUCUCCCUUCAUCGCCUCCCCCUGUUCUUACCGGGUAACAUGGACCAGGGGCCCAAAAGUCCUGCGCUGCGACUGGGGAGAGCAGGACAUGGCGGAGUGAACCAGCUUGGAGGUGUGUUUGUAAACGGCAGGCCCCUCCCAGAUGUAGUGCGACAGCGAAUAGUAGAACUCGCCCACCAAGGGGUUCGUCCCUGUGACAUCUCACGCCAGCUACGAGUCAGCCAUGGAUGUGUCAGCAAAAUACUGGGCAGGUACUAUGAGACGGGCAGUAUCCGCCCCGGGGUUAUCGGGGGAUCCAAACCAAAGGUUGCUACGCCCAAAGUGGUCGACAAGAUCGCAGAUUACAAACGCCAAAACCCCACCAUGUUUGCCUGGGAGAUCCGGGACAGGCUCCUGGCCGAGAGAGUGUGUGACAACGACAGCGUCCCCAGCGUCAGCUCCAUCAACAGGAUCAUUCGGACAAAGGUUCAGCAGCCGCCUGGCCAAACGGGCUCAGUGUCGGCUCACAACUUAGGGACGUCUGUGGCUGCCACACAAGUGUCAGCAGUGACCAGCGACUCAGCCGGUUCCUCGUACUCCAUCAGUGGCAUUCUCGGUAUCAGCUCCGCUGCUGACGUGGGCAAGAGGAAGAGGGACGAAGGUUUGCAGGAGUCACCACUGGCCAACGGGCAUGGUCACAGUGGGCGGGACAUAUUCAGGAAGCAGAUGAGAGGGGAGCUGUUCUCGCCGCAGCAGAUCGAGGUAUUGGACCGUCUGUUUGACAAACAGCCACCCUGUCCAAUCCAAUCCAGCUCUGACCUCUAUGUGAGCCCUGACACUGGCAAGACAUCUGAUUAUUCGGCCAUGGCCUCACUAAGUGGUGGACUGGACGAGAUGAAGAACACCUUGGCCAAUCCUGGUACAGGAGCCGAGUUAGGAGCCAGUGUGUCCGGUCCACAGUCCUAUUCACUCGUUCCAGGUCGAGACCUAGCCAGCACCACUCUGCCGGGCUACCCUCCUCAUGUUCCUCCUACUGGACAGGGCAGCUACUCCACCCCCUCCCUCACUGGCAUGGUACCUGGGGGAGAUUUUUCCGGAAGUCCGUAUUCCCAUCCCCAGUAUUCCACGUACAAUGAAUCGUGGAGAUUUCCUAACCCCAGUUUAUUAGUGUUUCAGCAGGAUUAUGGGUCUCUCCUGGGGACGGAAAUCGGCUGCUCCUCCAGUCUCUUCACCAGCCAGGCAGGACAGAUGCAAGGGUCACCGUACUACUAUAGUGCAACAUCACGGGGGGCGGGCCCUGCUGCCACUGCAACAGCCUCCGCCUAUGACCGCCACUGACCCCUCCCUCUGAGAGAAGAGGAGGAUAAGGAGAAAGGGAUGAGGGAGGGAGGCAUGGAUAGCACCAGCACUGCUCAGUACAAACCUGCCUGCACCUGGAUGGCAAUGAGGAUGAAGAUUUCAAGUUUUUGACGUCAGUGAAACCUGUAUUUUCUUUGAUUGACACUUAAGCCAACACAGACAAAAUGUAUGGGUAUUAAAUUACCGGUAAGGCACUGUCAGUAACUGAUUCAGAAGAUUUUGUAAGCACGUAAAUUUGGAUCCUCUCAUUAUAUAUCAAGGCUUGAUAUUCCUACCUUGCUCUUAACCGGUCAUCUACAAAUCCAAGACGUCUUUGGAGCAGUGAUUGAAACGGUAUUGUGAUCUUCUGGGUAAAAUGUUGUGUUUUUAGGUUGGGAAUUUUUUUUGAUUAAAUUCUUUGAACUGAUGAGAGUAUAUUCACUUUUUCAAACAAGCAGUCCUUUUAUGCCCUAACAUCAAUCAAUCAAUUUUCUAUGCCAUGCUACGGUGAAGUAAAGACAAUCCAAUUCCCAUAACUUUAAAUGACCAAAACGAACCAUAUCAUUAUCACGUUAGUCUCUUUGCUAUAGAUUCCACACAUUUCCCGUGAGAUCACAAUACUUAAGAAAUGGGAUAUUCUACUUUUUAAAUAGGAGUCUUCAGUUACAAUUGACCUUUGCUAAGCCCCAUUAGUUAGUGUUGUUUUUCUUGUCUCGCAUAUGCGGUUUACAAUGAUCAUGCUUACAGAUUUACCAUUAAAACUUAGUGACUUUGAAAAACAAUGUGUCCGUAAUUCCAAGGAGGGGUAUUCCAGCCAGAAGCCAUUGAUUUUGUUGACUAAAAUUACAACUCUUUGUACAACUAGUUAGCUAGUUUAUUAAGUUAAUAACUUUAGGUGAAUUACUCCAAAUACAAUAAAAAACAGAAUAGUCACAGUCACAGACCUGAUUAUAUCCAGGAUACACAAUGAGUGUGUUCGUUAUAAACAAGACCUUUUCUUUAACAUUAUUUGUAACCUUACAAGCUAAUGUGAUUAGUUAAUGAGAUCAGAAAAGAAAUUCUGACGUAGUGAGCAAUAUCACAAACUACUUACUUUGGCUAACUCUGCUAUUACUUAAAAUGUUGCUCUUAAGAUCAUUUUUAUUAUUAUCUUUAGCAUGUAUGUAAUUAAUAAUUCAUUAGCAGGCAAUAAACAUGUUAAAGAAGCAAAAAUGAAUCACAUAUUUAAUCAUGUGGCUGUUCUAGACUUCCCAAAUUUUAUCAUACCAAACAGAUCAAAUUCUGAUAAUAAGUUAUUUGCAAGGUUUGUGAUGCUCAAAAAAAUUAUCACCGUUUUACAGCUGCUUCUUACUCGAUGAAAGCUUAUGGUAAAAGGGCUCGUUGGUCCCCUGUGCAUCACAAGACAUUGUAAUUACAUGUUUUGUCAAAGUUUCUUCAAAGCUUGGCACUCUUCCUGGGGACUUGGCUGUGAAUAGAUACGCUUGUUAAGCUAUGAUAGGAUAAUGGUUCUUUGUGGGUGGGGUUUAGCAAAUGGUCAAUUUCAGCAGAUGUAGUCAGAUCCCAGUGUGUCCCAAACUAUAUCCUAAUAUCCACUUAUACAUUCAAAGUGGUUUGAAUGCCACUGACUGACAGGUAGGCCUUUCUGUAAAGCACAGCCUAAAAUCUGAGCCUUCAACUGUAAAAUGAACAAUAUACACGUUGACAUUAGACCAAGAUCAAAUUCACCAGGGAGUGUUUUUGUAUAGAAAGGUGCUAUCCUAGCUCCCCAGCCAAGAUUUAGUCCUGAUCAAGAGCUAUUUAUAAUGGAGGAGACACAGAGUAAUAUAUUGAGAAGCUUUUCUGCGCUGCACUCCGUGAUAUGAGUGAAUGCCUGUAAUGAUUUAUAUAUGUGUCACACUGUUGUGCUAGAAUAGUGAUGAUUAUGAUGACAACGAUGCAGUGAAAUAUGAAAUCUUAAUCUUUCAGUACGAAAAUAAGUCUUUGUUUAUAAAUAUGGUCCGAUUGCGAUUUUCCUGUUUAUAGUUUGUUUCCUGGUAUCAGUUGACACAGAUGCCGUUGAAUAAGAUGCCAUUUUUAUCUGCUUCCUGAAUAUUGAAAAGAAAAGUCUGGAAACAGUAGUUGCAUCUCAAAGUCAAGGAAGGAUCCUCAAACGGCUGAAUUUCAAGGAUUCUAUGUCGUCAAAUGUCGCUGAAGGACUGUUCCAAUGUUCAGGAUGUAUGUCCUCUGAAAGUACCCACAAUUCUACGUGCACAGUCCUUCUUUUUAAUGAUGAGUCAUAACCGGGUGGAGCUCUAUCGUCACCAAAUGUUGUCUAUGCGUAUGAUGCUAUGCCGGCCUUUUUAAAAAUGGUGAAUGACAGCGAAGGAGCAGUGUUGCAGAUGGUGCAAUAUGCAUUUAAAAUGGGACCUUUUCAAUGACGCAAUGAUUCAGUCUCACUAGCCUGUUUCAAAUUAUGUGUUUCAAAAUAAAGAAUCUUGCCAGUCCUCCGUAGGACCCGACUCGGAAGGACCAUCAUAGCAAGGGACCAUCCUUGACUUUGAGAAGCAGUUAGUGGCACCCUCUCUUUCUCUCUCGCUCUCGUUCUCUCUUUAAUCUCCCCAAAGAUGGCCCCCCCCAGUGGAUCGGCUGACUAACUACAAAAGCACAAAGAGACUCAAUCAUCAUUCAAAGGCGCCAGUUAUUUUUUGACUUCAUUUUCAGAAUCAUUAAGUACUUCUUCUUCCUCCUCCUCUUCUUUUUCUCCCCUUUAUUAGUGCUUGUCCUUGUGCUGUUUGCCAUCCUGAAAUGGUUUCUAUAAAAGCAUUGCUUUUUGCGUGAAAAAGGUGAAACUGUUUUCUUUACGUUUUUCUUCUACAUCAGUUCUGCGCUGUGACAAUGUAUGACACCAGGGUUGAGGCCUUACCCAUCGUGUACAGACAAAGUAGGACCAAUUUGCCCAUGAGCACUGAUCUGAAAUCAGUGUGUUAGCCCUCUCAAAUAUUUGAGAGGCCCACGGUGUUGAUCUUGCAAGGGGGCAAUAUUGUCCUUAACCUGUACUUAGCUUCCUGUCUCACUUCUGUCCAUACAAGAUUUGUACAGUAAUCAGUGAAUGAGAAGAGAAGUCACAAUGUCAAUAGCAAUUUCAAGUAUUCACAUUUGAAUUUAGAUUUUAGUGAUGAAGUUUUCUUUACAAUAAAAAAAGACUAAGAGGUAUGUGGUGUUGUUUUAGCCAUUGUCUGCAAGUGUUUACAUAUCUUUAGUUCCUUUGUUUGUUUUGGGUAUGUGUGGCUGACCGUAGCACUCAUUGCUACCGUGUAUUUUUACUAGCUAACAUAUUGGAGGCACCAAAUCUGCAAUGUGAGGCGUAAAAUAUAGCUAUAUAAACAUAUACUUAUAAACACUGAACAAAGCUGUUAGCUUCUCAAUCUUUGUUGUGUCUGGGUUUUGAAAUAGUGAUAGAGUGGAUCCUUUUACAUUUGUAGACCUUAAAAGUUGUGCGCUCACAACUCUAAAGAAGAUUCUUAUGAUGGCUCGCCCGCUGUGCUGCCAGCAUGCACCACAGCAGGAGCCUUUCCUUAUUUCUGUCGUUCUCUCUUGAUCUUUAUGAGGCAUUAUUGAACCUGAACCACACCAGCUGAAAACAAGGACAGUGCCUUUAGUUUUAUAUGUCAACACCCCCCGCCCCGUCGACUGACCACACAUCGCUCAAAAUGACAUUCAGUGUCCCUCUGAAAACUCUGCCUGUGCGAACACAAGGCUGUAGAUUAUGUAAGGCAUUCCACAAAGCACUGGUAGUAAUUUAAGUACUAACAUCAUAUAAUAAUUUACAUACUCUACCAAGAGAAGCAUUGCAUCUCUGGUUACAGGACCUAGCCUUGAUGCAGUGCCCUGUAGAUACACAUCAUGGUUUGGCACUGAUAUUUCAGCCACAGAUUGACUCAUAAGGUUUGUGACAUGGAUAAUGUUGAAAAUGCAAACUCAUCUGAUGGAAAAUCCUCUUAACAAUCCACUAACAAUGUGAAGCUGCUGGAAAAUAACAAAAAAAGCCUAUUUGGUUAAAGUCAGUAUAAGUCAUGUAAAAAUCAAAGCACAGUCGGUCCUGCCACUGAUAGCCUGAAGAUGCAUAAAUGAGGUUACAGUUUUAAUCGCUAGUAUUUCAGCAGUAUAGUUUUGAGCCACCAGUGAGUGAAGAGCAGCUCUUCAGUGAGGGAACAAAGAAACAGUCCUGCGUUGUAAUGACUUUAACACAAGAGUCAUUUUCUGAUGGAAUAGAUAGAGAUUUUAACUGUGCAACUAUUUCAUGAUUUGCUAUGAAGUUUGGUAUAAACAUGCAUGGUUCUCAGAGGACCCAAAGCCCAGGCUAACUGUAGUGUUACCAUAGGGUAGGCAUAUGGUUUUGAGUGAAAAGUCUCAAUAACUUUAGAGGGAUUGCCAUAAAAUGUUGUUAUACACAUUCAUGAUUCCAUCGGGAUAAAUAGCAAUAACUUUGAUGAUCCCCUGACUUUUCAUCUCAACAUCAUAAAGUCAAACUUUGAAUUUGUCUGAUACUUUGAUUCAUGCUGAUGUUGAAGAUAUCGAACAAACUAUACAUUUGCAUGUUAGAACUGGUAUUGUAAGUAUAUUACAAGUACUCAGUGCCAGAGCCACCGCCAUAGCUCUAGACUCUUAUGACAAAGAUUUCCAACCAAACACUCAGUUUAAAUUUUCAAUAUUCUUCCGCUGCAAAUUUCAAGAGUGAAUGUCUGGCUGAAAUGUCUAAGUUCUCUGAGAUAUUCAUGUAGGACCAUGAUAUGUGAUAAAUGUUCCUGGGUCAGAGUUAAACAGGUCCCACCGGCUUCACCAUGAUUGAACACUAAAGAAAAAGGCACAAAAUAUAUAAAACAGCCAAGUAAGUUACAGAUAUAUUAAAUGUCUGUUCAUUAAUUCAAACAGAGUAUCUUUUAAAAGAAUUGCACCCCAUUUUCAAACACACACACACACACACACACACACACAACACUGUAAACAUGAGGAAAUAUUGAUUGAAAGUCGUUCUCCUUGAGUAGGUGAAUCCAGUCCACCAAGCCGGCCAAAUUCAACACCCGUUCUCCAGUGUAGCCAAGAAUCCAGUGAAACAUUAACAGGAUUAUUUGUUAACUAUGCAUCUCAUAGUGACACAGCUUGCCUUGCCAUUGCUUUGACCUAAUUGGUUCACAUGGGGAGAGAAUGGGUUCUCAUUGGCCCGCGGGCGUUUCGAUUGGCAGCCGUGACAUUGACUUGCAGCUAUGAGAGGGGACUGUGAUUGUGGGUGGUACAGCAGGAAGCUUGGCGGGGCCACACACACACACACACAAACACACACAUGCACACACAUAAAUAUAAGAACAGAGGCACACACACCCUCCCUUUGUCCUUUGAGGAGUGGUGAUCGCCCCUCCUCUCAUGCCCCUGUGUUCCCCAGGGGAGGCCAAACCUGCUGUGCCAUCAGAAGCUCAUCCCGUCUCUUUUCUCCCCCUCCCUCAACCCUAAUCUCAUCAUAUCUUGUGCACUCGUCUUCCCCCCAUCUCUCCCCUCUCCCCUCCUGUAGUACUGACACACCACCAGGAUCCAUCAGGAUUAGGAAUAUUAAAAGUAUUCUGUUGAUUUCAGGCCUGUGACCUUCCUCAAAAACAGGUCCUCCCUCUUUCUUUAAACAGUCCCAUUAGUCCUUCUUUCCCUCUCCUUUCUUACUUCUCUCACUGACUAUUCAGACGUGAUGCUCACUGUCCUGUCAGAAAUUCUGCAUGGGAAUGAAGCAGUGGUGUUUUGUGCCAAAGCGAGGUCAUUUCAAUGGCAAUAUCGCUGCCAGUAUUUUUUAUUUGGCCACGAAUAUUCUGCGAGAGUAUACCACAUAUUCUCCUUUCUUCUCAUGUACCUAAAAAGAGCAUUUAAAACACACAAAGAAACACAAGUUUCAGAUCAAACAAAGAUGAUCCAUUUCCAGCUUUACUGCAGUUUACUGUCCAUGAAAAUACAAUCGCAUUCGGAUUCUUUUUCUUCUUCUUUUCAUAUUUAUCCCAGCUCCGAAUCAAAUAGGAAACUGAAAUAAAUGCAAAUGAAUUUUUUUUCUUUAUUAUGAUUUCUCACCGAGCGCGCGCCGCAUGACUGUAUCUCAAUAUGAAUCCAUGAAAAUGGCUACUGCCUUCGUGAAACCUGAGGGGAUUUCAGCAUCACAUCUUGACAGCAAUUAGUGGCACAAUCUGUUUCAUGCUUGCUGAUAUAACUAGGCUCUGGACAGAUCUCAUACUGAAGUGUUACAAUGUUCUGUACAUCUUAAUAUUAUUCAACUGUGGAAGAGGAGAAAUACACAGGACUCAGUCUACAAAAAUCAACUGUGCUUUUUAAGCAGAUGUUUCAAUCAAAAAAAAAAAAAAAAGAUAACAUGAUUUUUCACCUUACUGUGGCCUUUCGUGUAACAAUCUGGA